CGCAUGGUUGUUGGUUUGAUUGGAAUGGUCCAGGAAAUUUAACGAUGGAUAAAAUCAAAAUUAACAAUCAGAUCGUCCAGAUGAGGAAAUAUGUGAAACAAGCAAAGGUUCAUGUCAUAAAUAAAUUUGUCAAAGAAGUCAAGUUGUUACAAAAUCGCAAAGGGGAUGAAAAUAAAGUAUCCAAAGCUAAACGAAAGGCUGAGCGGUUGCUGACUGAAAUUGCUUUGAUCAAAAAGAUGAAACCAGAUUCUAUUAGCAAGCUAGCUAUUUCUAAAGCUUUAGAUUGGAACAGUGUUCUUCAGCAGAAAAAUGCUUCCAUAGAAGAUAGGUGCAUAUCAAUGUUGGCAAAUUAUAAACCAGUUCAGGAAGAGGUUGAAAAUUUUUAUGCUAGUAAUAAAGAACUGAUUUCUAAAAUUCCAGAGUGUUUAAAAGAAUGGGAGGAAAAAACCAAAACACAAAAUGAAGAGCCUCCAAAACAGAGUGUCAAGGCAUCAGAUUUGAGGCAAAGGAAAAAAGAAAGAAAAUCAAAAUUGAAUAAAUCUCCGCGCAAACUCAGUAAUGGUAAAAGGUUUUUGCAAGUUGAUGAUGAGCUACUUUCCCAAAACUCGGAUCCGGCUCUACCAAAAACAGAUUGUCUUUUAUCAGCAAGUUUUGAAGAACAAGAAAGGUCAAGUACUGUAGAUGGUGAUAGCAAUAUAUGUUCUAAUGCUGAAAAUGAAAAAAGUAACAAGAUAAUUUCUGAACAGAACGAAAAUGUGCCUGAGGUUAUCGACAGUUUAGGAUCAAAUUCUGAUUUGCAGAAAUUAUAUGUACGCAAUGCUAAAAGUGAAACUUCACCUUCUGCAUCAUCUUCUUCUGAUACUGAUGAUGAUAUAGGUAACGAUUCUUCCGCCUUUCAAAAUGAUAAAGAUUCGUCUUCUAAUGAAAUGGUUGGGGAAAGUUCUACAAUUGCUGCAAUUGUAACAAAGAGUUCCAACCAAGAGAACGAAAAUGAGUUGCUUUUGAAAAAUGCAGCGAAAAAGAAUGUUGUGUAUAAUAUGAAUAGGAUAGAUAAUUUUCAAAACAGUGAAAGCAAAAUGCUUAGUGACACUAUUGAUACAGAACAUACCAAACAUUCACCAGUGAAGAAAAGGUGCACGAUCAGCCCAGAAAAAACCAAACAAACAGGUUCAAACAAAUCUCACAAUUUGAAAGCCAUAAAACAGUUGAAUUUAGAAGAAUUAAAAGACUUAGAUGAAAUACCUGUAUUAGAUUCAUCUGUUAAUGAACAUUCAGACAUUGAGCCAGAAAGUAGUGAAGAAUCUGAUGUAGAAAACCCAGAGGAACAAGAGAGCGAUUCAUUCUUUUUAAGAGAAGGUGAAAGUGUUUCUGAUGUUAAAACAGACACUAAAAGACCUUUAAAAAAUGGUUUGUUUGAAGCUUCACGUUCUGUACGGAGAUUAGGCUUGCAAAAUAACUAUUUAAAUUCACAUUCAAGCAGUGAGAAAUAUUCAUCUAAGCAAGAAUUCAACAAAAGAAGAAACUUUUCAUCAGAUAGCAAAAUGCCCCAAAACUUUAAAUUUAAGUAUGAAAAUACUAAACAUGAUUCAAGAUGGACUCCUAAAAGAAAAUUUUCUCAAACAGAUCAACUGGAUAUUUCCCCUAAAAGAGGAAUGUAUCAGAAUAAAAAUGUAAAAAAUGGCUCAAAAAUAUUUAUGAAAGACAGAGAAGCUAGUUUUCAAGAACAGAUAUACACAAAUUCAAAAGACAAACGUAAAUCCAAUGCGAAGAAAGAAAAGUUAAGUGAAAGUCUCCCAAUCCAUCCUUCCUGGGAAGCAAAAAGGAAGUUGAAAGAAAGUAAAAAUGUUCAAUUUCAAGGAAAAAGGAUGGUGUUUAAUGAUUGAUGUUUAAAAUAUGGUUUGGCUUCUAAACAUGCAAGAGCCACUGCAGCUGUCUCAACAGUUGAUAAUGCUUUUUCAGUGGGCUGAGUUCGAAUUACAUAUUCACUAGCUAAUUUGGAAUUUAUUUGUACCUGAAAAAAA